AUGAACUCGUUGUUUAUAAAGGUUCUCUCCAUGUCUCUGGUUGGCACUCAUGGCAAUUGGUGUUUGUUUGGCUUUUUUCUUAACCUAUGAAUUGUUUAGAUUUUUAAAUAAAAAUAUGUGUUUUAACGGUAUAUGAACACUUCUAAACUUAAUAGUAAAUUAAUGUCAAUGAUAGAGAAGAAAAAGUAGUUUGAUUAUAAGUUUAUAUCAUACCAAUAUUGUUAAUAGUGUACUAAUUACCUGUUCGAUUUACUAGGCUAGUUUCGGGUGCAUAACUUAAUAUAAAAUGCAGCGUCGUGGCGGUAAGCGCAUCCGAAUGGAUGAGCCGCCCCCUGAAUAUGAAAAUCCCAUGACACCUGCACUUGAAUCGGAAGCCUUUGCUUCCCAGUAUAAUCAGAUGAUGAGUAUGUACGGUGAACCAUAUAACGAUCAUGUCGGAACCUCAUCUGUUGAAAAUGUUUUUGAAUCGCCCCCCACACCUGGUCUACGAAGAGUAACACGCUCUAAAGCGAGAGGAGUAGGGGCAACGCAAUCUGUGAUUGCACCGGCACCGGCACAUUCACCUCCCGCACCGUCCUACACUGCCCGGGGGAGACCUAGAGGACGGCCACCUGGCCGUAAACAGCAACAACAUCAUCAGCACCAUAAUCUAGAAGGUGGUGGUGACGAUGACACCGUUUUAUACAACACAAUUCGCAACAGCAAAGCCUCACUAACAAACAUUGUAGAUGAUUGGAUUGAAAGCUACAAAGUCAAUCGAGAGUCUGCCCUUAUUAUUCUUAUGCAAUUUUUUAUUAACGCAUCUGGGUGCAAGGGCAGAAUUACGCAACAAAUGCAGGCCAACAUGGAGCAUGCGGCGAUUAUCAGAAAAAUGACAGAGGAAUUCGACGAAGAGUCGGGCGAAUAUCCUCUUAUCAUGGCAGGUCAAAGUUGGAAAAAGUUCAGGCAAAAUUAUUGCGAUUUCGUUCAAACGUUAGUGAAACAAUGCCAGUACUCGAUUAUAUACGAUCAGUUUCUUAUGGACAACAUCAUUUCUUUGUUAACUGGCCUUUCCGAUUCGCAGGUACGUGCAUUUCGGCACACUGCAACUUUAGGUGCCAUGAAACUAAUGACCGCCUUGGUCGAUGUGGCACUGACCGUGUCUGUAAAUUUGGAUAACACGCAGAGGCAGUACGAGGCGGAAAGGCAAAAGACACGGGAGAAACGUGCGAGUGAUCGUUUAGAAUCUCUGUUGGGUAAGCGGCAGGAGUUGGAAGAAAAUAUGGACGAAAUUAAGAAUAUGUUAACGUACAUGUUUAAAUCGGUCUUCGUUCAUCGCUAUCGAGAUACGCUGCCCGAGAUACGGGCUAUUGCUAUGACCGAGAUAGGAAUUUGGAUGCAUAAAUUUCACGCUAACUUUUUGGAUGACUCUUAUCUGAAAUAUAUUGGCUGGACUUUACAUGACAAGGUUGGAGAGGUACGAUUAAGAUGUUUGCAAGCAUUAUUACCAUUAUAUGCAAAUGAAGAACUAAAAGGAAAACUGGAAUUGUUUACGAACAAGUUUAAGGAUAGGAUAGUAGCAAUGACUCUGGAUAAAGAGUACGAUGUGGCCGUUCAAGCUGUGAAACUCGUCAUAUCUAUUUUGAAGCAUCACCACGAAAUUUUAACAGACAAAGAUUGUGAACAUGUUUACGAGUUGGUAUACUCGUCUCAUCGCGCAGUUGCGCAGGCCGCCGGUGAGUUUCUGAACGAAAGGCUAUUUCAACCAUCUGACGGUGAUCCCGGUAAGACAAAGAGAGGAAAGAAACGUUUACCGAAUACGCCAUUUAUUCGUGAUCUGGUGCAGUUCUUCAUUGAAUCAGAAUUGCACGAGCACGCAGCGUACUUGGUCGAUUCUUUGAUCGAGUCAAAUCCCAUGAUGAAAGACUGGGAGUGCAUGACCGAUCUUUUGCUGGAGGAAGCCGGGCCACACGAAGAACCUUUGGAUAAUCGUCAAGAAACAAGUCUUAUUGAAAUAAUGGUUUGCUGCAUCAGGCAGGCUGCUACCGGAGAUGCACCGGUCGGUAGGGGCCCCACACGCAAGAUGGCGUCUUUGCGUGAAAUAAAACAGGCAGGGGAGGACAAACAGAAAUUGACCGAACAUUUUAUUGCGACAUUGCCGUCUUUGUUAGAUAAGUACUCGGUCGACCAGGAAAAGCUUGCCAAUCUAUUGACAAUACCACAGUUUUUUGAAAUUGACCUGUACACUAGCGGCAGGCAAGAGGGAUCACUGAACAUGCUGCUGGCGAAAUUGAAGCAUAUUGCAGAAAUUCACCAUGAGCAAGAGGUCUUGGAAACUUGUGCUAAAACGUUAGAGUUUUUGUGCACCGAUGGCCACUCAUUAUAUACACGAUGCGAUGUGGCACGAUCAACAAUUGUUGAUAUGAUUGUGGCGUCUUACAAAGAUGCAAUAGAUGAUUGGAGAAAUCUGCUUCUGGGUGAAGAAACUCCGAAUGAAGAUGAAACAUUCAAUGUUGUCAGUUCUCUCAAAAAAGUAUCGUUGUGCUAUGCCUGUCAUAAUCUAAACCAAUGGAAUUUAUGGAAUACAUUGUUUCAAGAUGUAAAGGAAACUGAAAGCACACUUCCACCGGAAGCACAGAAGUACAGUAUCAGUGCCUGUUUUUAUUGUUUAAUGUGGGGCUUGCAAAGCCUCGAAGCCACCCACGAAGGUGGCGGACCGAUAGGUCCGGGAAUACAGGAGUUGAGGGAGCAUCUGGAUCAGUACUUUGUGGCGGCGCAGGCCCUCAUACGUAUGGCACCUCACGCAAUUAUUAGGGAAGAGGCGUACGUCUGUCUCUGCGAUCUCUUGAUUGUUUUCAGUGAACAACUGGGCAACACCGCGCCGUUCCUCUCAGAAUUAAUCUGUGAACCGGAUCGCAAUUUGCAACUUCUCUUGAACGAGUUCGUCCAAACGUACGUGUUCGUACCCGAGCAAGACUCGGAUCAUGACGAACAUCGCAUAGAGGAAUUACAUAAGAGACGUAAUUUCUUAGCGGCCUAUUGUAAAUUAAUUGUUUAUAAUAUAAUGCCUACCAAGGCGGCUGCCGAUGUUUUCAAACAUUACGUUAAGUAUUAUAAUGAAUAUGGUGACAUAAUUAAGGCAACUCUUAGCAAGGCGAGGGAAAUAAACAAAGUCAAUUGCGCAUUAACAAUGUGUUUAAGUCUAAAUAUGAUGUUCCAAUCUUUACAAACGACCUGUGGAGGUCGUUCGUUAAGGCAGCAUGAUGAUUUCUUCGCCUUAAAGGAAUUAGCGAAGAGAUUUGCCUUAUCCUUUGGUCUUGAUGCGGUAAAAAAUCGUGAAGCUAUUACUGCCUUACAUCGUGCUGGCAUAUUAUUUGCCGUAACUGGAUCUGAUGUCAUUGAAGAUCCCACUUGUCCACCGCCCAAUUUGCCAUUCCUAGAGAUUGUCACCGAAUUUACAAACAAAUUAUUGAAGCAGGAUAAGCGUGUCGUACUUACCUUUUUGGAUCGACGAAUUACAACAGGAAUGCCAAGCAGUCGUGGAGAAGAUUGGCAGCCUUUAUUACUAUAUCGUAAUUCCUUAGUACACGGAGAAACCGAUGCGGUUCCCACAACUAGUAAGCGCGCUUAUGGACGAAAGCGUAAGGAUCCCGAAGAUGAUUUAGAACCUGAUGAUCCGGGAUCAGAUAGUGAAUUUCCAGGAAGUCUCUAUAAUUAAGACAGUUUGUUGUUACAUUUUAUUUUGUAGACUGAUUUGAUAUCUUGUGAACAGAAACUCUGUAUACUGAAACAUAAUAUAGAUAAUAAAUUUGUCUCUUAGCAGGCUUGGA